CCAUGUUGUGGGGCUGACGCCGCGGCGGGAGGCGGAGGAGACUGCCCGUCCGGAGCAGGCGCUCACGGGCAGCGCAACAGAUGGCUAAGAGCUAGCAAGGCAUAUUCAAGACCAUGAUGGCUCAGUUUCCCACAGCCAUGAAUGGAGGUCCAAACAUAUGGGCCAUCACCUCUGAAGAGCGGGCCAAGCAUGACAAACAAUUUGAUAGCCUUAAACCCACAGGAGGCUACAUUACAGGUGAUCAAGCACGUACCUUUUUUUUGCAAUCAGGUCUACCAGCUUCAAUCCUUGCUGAAAUAUGGACACUAUCAGAUCUGAACAAGGAUGGAAAAAUGGAUCAGCAGGAGUUCUCUAUAGCAAUGAAACUCAUCAAGCUGAAAUUGCAAGGGCAGCACUUGCCUGCAGUUCUCCCUCCUGUCAUGAAACAAACUCCAGUAUUUUCACCGCUAAUGUCAGCUCGCUUUGGAAUGGGUAGUAUGCCAAAUCUGUCCAUGCCAACGUCUAUGUCCACGAUCACACCAUUAGCUCCCAUGUCUAUGACCUCCAUGACUUCCAUUCCUCCUUUGGUUAUCUCUGCUCCCCUGGUGCCUUCUGUCAGUACCUCCUCGUUGCCAAAUGGAACAUCCAGCCUUCUGCAGCCUUUGUCCAUACCUUUCUCUUCAACUUUGCCUCAUACUGGUUCUUUAGGUCCCAUGGCAGGAGGGUUUGGUGGUACCAGUAUACAGAAGGCACAGUCAUUAAUCGAUUUGGGAUCUAGCAGUUCAAAUUCUUCCUCUAGUGCUUCACUAGUUGGGAAUUCACCAAAGAUUACAUCGUCAGACUGGGCAGUUCCUCAGGCCUCCAGAUUAAAAUACAGACAGAAAUUUAACAGUCUUGAUAAAAGUAUGAGUGGAUAUUUAUCAGGAUUUCAAGCAAGGAAUGCCCUUCUGCAAUCAAACCUUUCACAGACUCAGCUGGCUACUAUUUGGUCACUGGCUGAUAUUGACGGAGAUGGACAGCUGAAAGCUGAUGAGUUUGUGUUAGCCAUGCACCUAACUGAUAUGGCCAAAGCUGGACAACCUCUGCCGCUAACUCUGCCUCUUGAACUGGUACCACCUUCUUUCAGAAGUGGAAAAUACACCGAAAAUAUAAAUGGAUCUCUACCAUCUUACCAGCCUGUGCAAGAGGAGGAGCCACAGAAAAAACACCCAGUGACAUUUGAGGACAAAAGGAAAGCCAACUAUGAGAGAGGAAAUAUGGAGCUGGAAAAACGCCGUCAGGUCCUGUUGGAGCAACAGCAGAGAGAGGCUGAACGUAAGGCUCAGAAAGAAAGAGAAGAACAAGAGCGAAGAGAGAGGGAACGACAGGAACAGGAGCGGAAAAGACAACUCGAAAUGGAAAGGCAACUGGAGAGACAACGAGAGCUGGAAAGACAAAGGGAAGAAGAAAGGAGGAAAGAAAUAGAAAGGCGGGAGGCAGCAAAGCAAGAACUUGAGCGGCAGCGACGACUGGAAUGGGAGAGAAUUCGUCGCCAAGAACUUCUUAAUCAACGUAACAGGGAGCAGGAAGAAAUUGUCAAGUUGACUUCUAAAAAGAAGAGCCUUAAUCUUGACUUAGAAGCCCUGACGGACAAACAUCAGCAAAUCUCAGGCAGAUUGCAAGAUAUUCGAAGUAAAAAGCAAAUUCGAAAAGCUGAGCUGGAAGUUUUAGAUAAGAAAUAUGAUCAAGAAAUCAUGGAAGUCAAGCAACUACAACAGCAGCUUCAGGAAUAUCAGAAUAAACUCAUCUAUUUAGUUCCUGAAAAGCAGUUGUUAAGUGAAAGAAUUAAAAACACUCAACUGGAAAACACUCAGAGUACAGGCAUCAGUUCAGUGCACAAGAGGUCUGUAGAAAAGGAAGAAAUAUGCCAAAGACUUAGGGAACAACUAGAUGCCCUUGAGAAAGAAACUGCUUCUAAACUUGCUGAAAUGGAUGCAUUUAACAGUCAGCUUAAGGACCUGAGAGAAAGUUACAGCACACAGCAAUUAGCCUUGGAGCAGCUCCACAGGAUCAAACAGGACAAAAUAAGAGAGGUAGAAAAAAGAAGAGCUGAACUUGCACAGAAAAAGCGACUGGAAGAUGAGGCUGCAAGGAAAGCAAAACGGGAGAAGGAGAACCGGUGGCAGGAAAAUAUCAGAAGGGAAGAGGAAGAGAAAAAGAAGCGAUUGGAGGAAGAACGGAUGCAGGAGAAAGUUCAAGAGAAGCUGAAAGCUGAAGAAGCAGUUGCUCUGAUGAGAGAAGGGGAAAACAAACAGCUUCUUGCAGAGGAGGAGAACAGGAAAGCCAUGAUCUUGAGGGAAACGGAACAACAAAGGCACAGGCAACUGGAGGAGGAUAAAAGAAAGCAAGAACAGAUAGCAAAAGAAGCUGAGGAGAGGCGUAAGCAGAACCAAGAAAUCAAGAAGAUAAAAGAAGUGACCAGCUCACAAGAGGCGGAGAAAUGUGCUUCUAAGUUAAACAUAAGUGAGAAGUUUGCAGAUCUGUUGAAACCAACAGAGGGCAAAAGUCUUAAGCCACCAUGGACAAAUGAAGAUAAUCUAGGCAAUGCAGUUAGUGUCUCAGAGUCUAGGAAUUCAGUUGCCUUGGUAAAUUACAGAGCCUUGUAUCCAUUUGAAGCAAGGAAUCAUGAUGAGAUGAGCUUUAAUACUGGGGAUAUAAUUCAGGUUGAUGAAAAAACUGUGGGAGAACCUGGCUGGCUUUAUGGGAGUUUUCAAGGACAUUUUGGUUGGUUUCCAUGUAAUUACGUAGAAAAAAUACCAGAAGGAGAAAAAUCUUUAUCUCCUAAGAAGGCCUUAAUUCCUCCUACAGUAUCUUUAUUUACUACCUCAGCUGCUUCAGAACCACUUUCACCAAGUAAAUCUGCAGAAGAAUCUGACUACCAAAACAUAUCUUUUUCUAGCCUGAACGUUAAUACAGCAUGGCAACAGACAUCAGCUUUUACUCGCACUGUGUCCCCUGGAUCUGUUUCACCCAUUCAUGGACAGGGGCAGCCUGUUGAGAACUUAAAAGCACAAGCACUUUGCUCUUGGACUGCAAAAAAAGAUAACCACUUGAAUUUUUCAAAAAACGAUAUCAUUACUGUCCUGGAGCAGCAGGAAAACUGGUGGUUUGGAGAGGUACAUGGAGGAAGGGGUUGGUUUCCAAAAUCCUAUGUCAAGCUCUUACCUGGGAGUGAAAUCAAGAAAGAGGAACCAGAAGCUAUUUAUGCAGCUGUAAACAAAAAGCCUAAUACACAGUCCUACACAGCAGGAGAGGAAUAUGUUGCACUCUAUUCGUAUUCAAGCUCUGAGCCUGGUGACUUGACUUUCAUGGAAGGUGAGGAAAUCCUAGUGACCCAGAAGGAAGGGGAAUGGUGGACAGGGAGCAUUGAUGGCAGAACUGGAAUCUUCCCUUCCAAUUACGUCAAACCAAAGGAUCAAGAAGCUUCUAGUAAUGCUGGCAAAACUGGAACGAUGAAUAAGAAACCCGAAAUUGCUCAGGUUACUACUGCCUAUGCUGCAUCAGGAACUGAACAACUGAGUCUUGCUCCAGGACAGCUGAUACUUAUUCUGAAGAAAAAUGCCAGUGGAUGGUGGCAAGGAGAGUUGCAGGCAAGGGGAAAAAAGAGACAGAAAGGAUGGUUCCCUGCCAGCCACGUGAAAUUACUGGGUCCGAGCAGUGAAAGAACUGCAUCUGCUGCUCCUUCAGUGUGUCAGGUGAUCGCAAUGUAUGAUUACAUGGCAAACAAUGAAGAUGAGCUCAGUUUCUCCAAAGGACAACUUAUUAAUGUACUGAACAAAGAUGAUGCUGACUGGUGGCAAGGAGAAAUCAAUGGUGUGACAGGUCUCUUCCCCUCUAACUACGUGAAGAUGACUACGGAUUCUGAUCCAAGUCAGCAGUGACCCAAUGUUGUCUUCCAGUGUGAAAGCACCUCAGAGACCCACUAUCCAAGUUUGACUGUAGCGUGGAGGCAGGGUGGCCAGCCCUGCUCACAUAUCUCUGACACAAUCCUUUUGCUUCGUUUGAACGUUAGAUCCAGUCAAGAAAUUAGGUUUUUGUUGGGUUUUCUUAUAAUCUACACUUGCAGUUGAUUUGUGAAAGCAGAAAGGAUAGUGGGUCUUUGUGUGGCUUUCACUGCUGUUCAUUCUUGUUCCCCUUAGUAUUUUUCUUUGGUAUUGAUAAUGGUAGACCAUUAGCAUGCAUAUCAAGUUAUCGUUUGCAUGGUGGGAUUGCAGACACACAAAGACCCACUAUUUGCACAGUUUAUCUGAGAUGUUUGGAAUGGGCAGUUGUGUUCUUUUAAUGUUGUAAUGUACGUACUUUGCAGAAUUAAAAUGUUCGCAGAUUACUGUUCUAAUGGACUUGAUUUAAUCUCUUACUUGUUGAGGUUUUAAGAUUGGCAGCCUGUAAGGCUCAUCCAGAAAACAAACCCUACCUGUCUCUGCUGCUGAUAGUCACUGUGAUUACAAACAUGCUACGAGAACAGAGAUUUAGAUCUGGUGUAGACCAUCCAGCCUCUUAAUACCCUUUUUGACUGGGGAAAGAGCUACUAAGCAAAGACUGGAGGAUGUUUUAAUUUUGUUUUCCUUCCUUCACAGUAGUACUAGAGCAGGAAUUCAGGUUCUUUUGGCUGGAUGCAUCCCAUCCCUAACUGACCUUCUUUGUUUAAAUACUUUGUUCCAAUAAUUCACAUUUGCUUUCAGUUUUAGCAAACAGCAGACACAUACCUGCACAGCCUCUGUGCUACUUGGCCAUUUCCCUGCCCCUUUUCUUGGUUAAAUAGUGAAUGGUACCGAGUAGUGUUUUUAUCUGGCUCAGUCUGCAGUGACUUGCAAGUAAAUACUAUCUGAAAGCUACUGCUCUUCUUUCUGUUAAAGAAAAUAGCAGCCUAAUCCGUGAGUAACCUCCAGAAAGAAAUAUUGCCAGAAAAGAAACACUAACAGACACCUGGAGCUGAAGGCAGAGCCUUUGGAUGUAGAGGUGGGACUGCGCUCCUCAGCUCAAGAGUGGUCCUUAAAGGUGCAGUUACAGCAUGUCAGCAGUACGGUACAGUGAGGGUGCCCACCGCUUUGUAUUAGUUUGGAGGGAGGGAGGGACCAGGACUUCAGGACUAUAAACUUGAUACCCCUUUAAAAAAAAGGAUUCAUUUAAUAGAAGACUGCUUUUCUGAUAAAAUAGUUCUGUGCUCCUGUAACAACAGGAGAGAUCUGGUAGACAUGGUAUUUAAUCUAGUUGGUUUCCUGAACUUGGUUACGAAACAGCAACAGUCACUUAUGCAAUCAGAAAUGUUUACAAAACACUGCUUGUUUACUCUCUAUAUUAUCUAUAUCUGAAUGUUUUAAAGGUACUAUCAGGAAAAGGUUAGUCCAGUUGCAGAGAUGUAAAAGCCUUUCUCCAAAAUUUCUCUAGAAAGAGUGGGAUGUUAUGUAUUUAAUGUAUUGAAUCAAAUAAUGUAUGUGUGCCCUUUAGUUCAGAGAUGUGUCUUUUGUGCAAUACAGACUACAGCAAUGUGCCUACAUAAAGCUACAAAUGGAUUUUUAUUCUGGAUGUAUUUUGUCUAAUAUUUUGUUACAGAAUGAAAUGAUGUUAUUGUAAGCAAAUGAUGAAUGUGCUAGGUAAUUCCUAAAGUAUUCUAGCUGACUUGAUUUCCUUAAUGAAACUACAUUAUAAGGAUUUCUACUAAAACAUAUUAAUCACUCUGAAUUGCCUUCUCUGAAUUUCAGACUUUGAAGACCUGUUUAAUACAGGCUGAAGUGUGUUGUGCUACACUGGUGGCAUCGAGCAGGCAUGUACUGUGGCCUAAUAAUUAGGUGGUCUUAUAAAUUUUCCCAUUUCUAAAAGACACCGUUAACCUGUGGGGUUUGAGCCAAACUGACUUCCCAAUGUUUAGCCACAGUUUUCCUGGAAUGCCAAAUUGCUACUAAUUGUAGUGGAAAAAUUAAAAAUAACUUCACAUGUUAUCUAGGAUGUUCUAGGAAACAGUUACUUGGCUCUUUCCAAAAACAACUGGCAUUCUAUCCAUUUUUUUAACUGAUACAAUUGGAGAUUAAUGUAGUAUUAGGUGAAGUUUCACCCCAUGGCCCUGUGAUUUGGUAUGUAGAUAGGAGCACUGAUUAUUACUGAAACACCUACCCCACAGUUUGAACUGAUGAGUAUUGAAAUGAAGCAUUUUGGGCCUUCACAGUUCCCUUCUCAUGUUUCGGUAUUGCCUGACUGCCCUCUAAAUUCUCAAACUGUGAUAACAACGAUAAUAAAUACUACUACUACGCCUUAGUAAUGCUGAUUGAAAGAGACAUAGUCCCUGCCUUCAGUAUUUAUCUGUACUGCAAAAGUCUGCCUAAAUCAACUCAAGCAGUGUCACCAGAAAGCUUUGCUCUCCUGCCCACUCUGGUGCAGAAAGAAUUAUAUGUGUACCUCAGACCAUGGAUAGGACAGACUGUCUGAGGAGGUAUUUAAGGCAAGAUCAUUUAAAAAAAACAGUGGUCUGUAUCUCUGAAGACGUGUAGCUGAUAGAAAUUGGGUUUAAAUCAGACUUUUUCUUUGAAAAAAUGUUACUUUUCCUCUGUAUGUGUGCAGUUGAUGGAACAACUCCCUUGUUGAUGGAACAACACGGAGCUGGGUUCAGCUGUUACACCAGGCGCAUAGGCACCAUCCCUUAUUUGGGUGAAAAAGGUUGGCUUUGGAACUAAGGACGAGGUGGAAAAUAGAGGGUUUUUGUUGAACUGAUGGUCCCCAAUGUAGAGCUGAGAGUUUAAGUGCUGCUUAGAGCCACACAAGGUUAACAGUUAAAACUGAAGGCAACCAGGAAAGCAAAAUGUGAUGUUGUCUGCAGGGCAGAACUUGCCUAAUAUUGUUUCCUGUGGGCCAGCAGAGAAUAGGGGCCUCCUAUUGCAACUGAGGCUAAGAAGGUAAACUAUGCUGUCAGUGCACAAAAACAGGUACUGAAAUGCUUCCUAAUUUUGUAACUGUCUACUUUGCAUAACAGACUAACAACCAGGGUCAGUUACGUUACAGUGGAGUGUGACGGGCAUGAAGCUCCAUCAGAAGUCUCACACACUAAUAGCUGACACCUCUCCUACAAGUCAUUGUGUGUUUCUGCCACCUCAGUGCUUGGACAGGUCGAGUCCCUGUGUGAUGUUCUUGAGUUGGGUUGAAACACCUGUAAAUAAGUCUGCUAGUAGGAAUGCGACAAACCUUGGCCUGUAGCUGUGUGGGAGCUACUGCAGGGCCACGCUGCUUCGAUGUAAUGAACAAAUAAAACUGCUGCCUAAUGGUGUGUGCUGCCUUAAAAUCUCUUCUGUUCUUUUCAAGCUAGAGUGUCAGAGUGUCAGUGUUUGAGGGUGACUGUUAAGACAUGCAUAUGCAGGCUGUGCUUAGCAUGAGGCAAUUGUUCAUCUUUGUUUUUAAACAAAGUUGUAAGAUAACUAUGCAAAUGUAUUUUAUUAAAGGGACACAUGAAAGGA